UCUUAAGGACAGGUUGUUUGUCGCACCUGAACAGUGACGCAGUGACAGUCAGUGCGCGAGAGCAGCUCCACAAACAGAAUGUCUUCGAAGCCGCACGGAAGUCCUCCGCCCUAUGAUUAUCAAACAGAGGAUGGAUUUAUUACUGGCCCGCAGCCUGCGUAUUCGUACUAUCCUGACGAUGAGUUCCAGCAUUUCUACCGCUGGACGUCUCCGCCGGGCAUCAUAAAGAUCAUGUGCGUCAUGUCGAUCAUCUUCUGCGUGGGCAUCUUCGUGUGCGUGGCCUCGACUCUGGCCUGGGACACGGAUGCAGGAGCGGCUGGAUUCGGCUCUAUUGGAGGCUCUUAUGGAGGAUCAUAUGGAGGCUCAUACGGCAGCUAUGGAAUGGGUGGAGGUUACGGAGGAUAUGGAGGCUACGGUUAUGGGAUCCUCGGCUCUCAGAACGACCCCAGGCAGGGCAAGGGUUUCAUGAUCGCCAUGGCCAUCAUCACUUUCAUCGUUCUGCUCGUCAUCUUCAUCAUGAUCAUCUCGCACCAGAGAGUGGCUCAGGGAAGGAAGUUCUACCUGUCUGUCAUCAUCAUCAGCGCCAUCAUGGCUUUCCUCAUGUUAGUUGCCACCAUAGUCUAUCUGGUGACGGUUUACCCAAUGGCCCAGUCGUCCGGAACGAUGCAGUUCAAUCAGGUUUAUGCCAUGUGCGCCGCUUACCAGCAGCCUCAGAUGUCGGGUGCGUUCGUGAACCAGUAUCUGUAUCACUACUGCGUGGUGGAUCCUCAGGAGGCAAUCGCUCUUGUCUUGGACUUCGUUGUCACCGCGGCCCUCAUCAUCAUCAUGGUUUUUGCCAUUAAAACCCGUCAAAAGAUCAAUUAUAAUGGGAAGGAUAACAUCCUGUGGCGCCGCGUGAAAGAAAUUGAUGAUCAAAACUCGCCAAAGGAUGUAGAGGACUGGGUGAAUGAUGUGAAUGGAGAACCUGAGCCGAUGCUGGCAGACUAUCCCAUGAAGUUUGGAGGGUCUAGAAGUUAUCUAGAUGACAACAGCACAAACUACGACAAACCUCCCCCCAGUGAGAGUCCUGUGGAGCUGGAGCACGAGUUGCCAGUCCGUAGUUCAGUCCCACUGAGCAGCGGAUCAGAGAUGAACAGCUCUGCUGGACGGCCCAAGAAACGUCGCGCUGGACGCCCACGAACUGCCGACAGACGGGAUCACGACACGGACUACGCCUCCUCUGGAGAUGAGCUGGACGACGAUGACUUCUCCAGUGAAUUCCCUCCCAUUAUUAAUAAUGAAGAGAGAGAGGAUUACAAGCACCUGUUUGAUAAAGACCAUCAGGAGUACAAGGAGCUCCAGGCGGAAAUGGAUCAGAUCAACAAGCGCCUGGCUGAAGUGGACCGUGAGCUCGAUGAUCUGCAGGAGGGCAGUCCUCAGUUCCUGGACGCCAUGGACGAGUACAACGCGCUGAAAGACAAAAAGAGGAGCGGUGAUUACCUGGUGAAGAAGAAGCGCUGCAAGCACCUGAAGGCCAAACUCAGCCACAUCAAAAGAAUGGUCAGCGAUUAUGACCGGAGGACCUGAAGAUCAUUCCCAUCACAUUCGAGAGGAAAUGGCUACUGGACAGUAUUCGGAGAGUACAGAUGUGUUUGAGUCUGUCUAGAUGUGUGGGUUAUUGCCAUUAGUGAACUGGGCUGCGUUGCUUUCUGGGCAUUUGAUUGAUAAAGCAUGUAAAUAUGAACAAGUUUUAAAAUCUGGUUAACCAAUGGCAAAAUCCUCACCAGUCCUGUAGUUGUUUUUUGUAACAUAUCUCCAUUUAGCUGUUACAGAUUUAACAUUAACUUGUUGGUGUUUCAGAACAGCGUGUUUGUUUUAUAGUUUUUUUUAUAGUUAUUCAGAGAUUUCUUAGUGGGUAAGAUACUGUGCCAAAUCAUUUUACCAGGUGGGUGGUUUAAACUCUUGAUAUCCAGUUAUGUCUGUAUAAAUCAAGCUGUGAUCAGUUACAGGUUACAUAUAGCCUUUAAUAGUCUUUUAAGCUGCACUU